UCUCACUAGCUCACUCUCUCUUCCUUCUUUUAGUGUUGAACCAGAAUUAAAGGAGAGAGCAACAACAAUGGCUAUGGCUAGUUUGGCUUGCAUUGCUGCUCUUCUCAUCUCACUAACGUGUAUUGCAGAGGCUAGAAUCCCCGGUGUUUAUUCCGGUGGUGCUUGGCAGGGCGCUCACGCCACCUUCUACGGUGGCUCUGAUGCUUCAGGCACCAUGGGCGGUGCUUGUGGAUACGGCAAUCUUUACAGUCAGGGCUACGGAGUGAGCACCGCCGCACUGAGCACGGCCCUGUUCAACAAUGGCCUCAGCUGCGGUGCUUGCUUUGAAAUCAAGUGCGCAAAUGACCCCAACUGGUGCCACUCUGGAAGCCCAUCCAUUUUCAUCACUGCAACUAACUUUUGCCCACCCAACUUUGCUCAGCCAAGCGACAAUGGCGGGUGGUGCAACCCUCCCAGGCCUCACUUUGACCUAGCCAUGCCCAUGUUUCUAAAGAUCGCUGAGUACCGCGCCGGAAUCGUCCCUGUUUCCUACCGUAGGGUGCCAUGCCGCAAGCGCGGUGGUAUCAGGUUCACAAUUAACGGGUUCCGUUACUUCAACUUGGUUUUGGUCUCCAACGUCGCGGGGGCAGGGGAUAUUGUGAAGGUGAGCGUUAAAGGGUCCAGGACUGGCUGGAUGAGCCUGAGCCGUAACUGGGGUCAGAACUGGCAGUCGAACUCGGUUCUGGUUGGUCAGUCUCUCUCGUUCAGGGUUACAGGCAGUGACCGACGCACCUCCACCUCGUGGAACAUCGUGCCAGCCAACUGGCAGUUCGGUCAGACUUUCACUGGCAAGAAUUUCCGAGUUUGAUUCCGGCGACAUUUUUUUUCUGUUUAUGGUUCCCGUCUUAAUGUUGUUUUCCAUUUUUACCCUUUAUUGGCCCCAUUUUGUUGGAUGGUGGCUUUUGACUGGGCGUUGGAGAAUGUGAAAGUGUUUUAGGACACGUUUGACUUUUUGAUUGGUGGGUUUUGGUGUGUGACCUAUGAGAGUGGUGGGAGUAGUAGGGUUGUGGAAUUACAUUUUUAAGCCCAAAUGUGUAGAGGG